AUGAAGGUAAGAAAAACGUUUGUUUUAAUUAUAGGUGGAGGGCCAACAGGUAUAACAAGUGGAUUGUAUUUACAAAAAUAUAAUAUACCUCAUAUAUUGAUAGAAAAGGAUAAAUGUAUAGAAAAGAUUCCCAAAGCUCAUUAUUAUAAUAAUCAAACUAUGGAAGCUUGGAGAUGUUUAUACCAUUUAGAUAAAUGUUUUAUGAAUGAAACAGAAAAAUUAGAUUUAUGGAAAACUUUUCAAUAUUCUUUAAGUAUGCAUAAAGAGAAAAUUAUAAGUAUAUAUAAUAAUUUUAUAAAUAAAUAUACAUAUAAAAAUACCUAUUAUGAAGAUAUUAGUCCAUCUAAAGUUACCCAUUUGUCUCAAUAUAAAUUAUUAGGUAUUUUAUAUAAUUAUUAUUUCUUUAAUAUUAAAGUUAAUAAAAAAAAACGUGAAUUUUUAAAAAAUAUAAAAUUAAAAUUUUCAACAUAUAAGAUAUUAAAAUUUAUAUAUAAAAAUAGUGUUAUCAAAAAUGAAGUGAAUAAUAAACAUAUAUAUAAUAAUGUUCAUGAUAAAAAAAAAGAAGAUCUUAUUAAUGAUAAGUUUUCAAAAUGUUGUUCCUAUGAUAUAUCUCAAAUGUUAAUAGGAUAUGAAUUUGUUCAAUUUAUAAAAAAUAUAAAUGAAUUAAAAAAUAUUGAUAACUUUUCAUUAUCACAAGAGGAAAAAAUCAUAUUAGAAAAAAUGUGUAUCGAUAAUAUGUGUCAUGACAAUAAAUAUAGAGUACAUAUGAAUUCAAAUGUUCAUCCUUGUGAUAUUUCAAAAGGUAUGAAAGAUAAUUAUAAAUAUGAUGAUAAUAAUAAUUAUAAUACUAGUAAUAAUUGUUUGGAAAAUUCACCAAAUUAUGUAUUAACUAAGAUCAGAAAUGUCGAAACCAAUUUAGAGGAAAUCGUAUUAAGUAAUUAUGUAUUUGUUUGUGAAGGUGGGAAAAGUAAUAUAAAGAAUUUCUUAAAUAUUAAUGAUGAAAAUAUAAAGAAUUAUAUGAAAUUUAUAAAUAUACAUUUCAGUUCUAAAUAUUUAAGUACAUUAAUGAUAUACAAUCCAUCGAUGCUAUAUUUUCUAUUUAAUGAAUAUAUAGGUAUCUUAGUAUGUCAUGAUUAUAAAAAAGGAAAUGUAGUAUUACAUAUUCCUUAUUUAACCAAAAGAGAAAUGUUACUUUAUAGUAACCCUAAGAAAAUUAUAGAAAUCAUCAAUAAAUUAAUAGGUUUUAAUUUAUAUGAUAUACAUAUAUAUAAUAUAUAUAAAUGGACUAUGUAUAGUUCUAUUGCUUCUACAUUUGUAGAUAAUUAUACAAAACGUAUAUUUCUAUUAGGAGAUUCAGCACAUAAAUUACCACCUUCAGGAGGAUUUGGAUUAAAUUUGGGUAUAGGAGAUGUACUUAAUAUUUCUUGGAAAAUUAUAAGAAUUUUUAAUUUGCAUCAAAACAAAAUAAAGAAAUUUGUUUUUAAUGAAACUAUUAAAAAUAAUUCUACUGAUCUAAAUGAUUACAUAUGUAAGGAUACUAGACUUUCUAAUUCUUUUAUUAAUUUAAUUAAAAAUCAAAUAAAAAUCCAAGACUUUAUAAUGAAUACCUUAUUUACUGAGAAGGAAAAAAAUAUGAUAUAUAAUUAUAUUCAGUCUUAUAAUAUAGAGAGGAAGUUGGUGGCCAAUUUUACUAUUUCGCAGGCUGUAAAUAAUUAUGAGAAGGGAAAAAAUAUACCAUAUAUUUUGGGAUACAACCAGGAUAAUAUAUUAAUAGAUAAGUUAUCAAAAAUGUGUAACAUUAAAUCUACAAAUUGCCAUAACAAUAAUAAUAAUAAUAAUAAUAAUAAUAAACGUUGUGAUAGUUAUAGAUAUAAUUACACCAAUUAUAGUAGUCAUACGUUUGGGGUUUGUAACAAACUUCAUGUUAGGAUUCUACAAAAUUCUCUGAUUUUUCAUACUCUUCUUCAAGGUUCCAAGAAAAUUAUCAACAUGCUUAAUCAAAUCCCAUUUAUUUUUUCUUAUAAAAAAAAAAAAAUUAAAAAUUUAGUAAACACAAGGAAAAACGUUUUAGGCUUAUUAUAUCCAGGGGCCGAUUUUUGUUAUUCUUAUAUUAAUACAUUAAAUAAUCUUGAGGAAAAUAUAAAUCAUCAUAAGGUAAUUAAAAAUAAUACCUCUAAUUAUAACCAUAUUUAUAAUCCCAAUAUGUUACAUAUAAAUAAUUAUAAUAAUAAUAAUAAUAAUAAUAAUAAGGAUGAACUAAUGGAAAAUCAAAACAAUCGUAAUGAAAUAAAAAUUUUAUCAAAGAAUUAUGAUAAUAUAAACACUAUAGAUAAUAAUGUAUAUGAAAGAAAUAAUUUGGAACAUAAAUAUGAAAAUCAUAUACAUAUAAAUGAAAUGCAUAAUGAUAUAUUUAGUUCAGAAUAUAUUAAUAACAACAAAAAUAAUAAUUUUGCAAAAAGUAUGAACACUUGUAGUUAUUAUAAUUUUGAAAAUAGUUAUGAUAAGGAGGAAAACAAAUUAUAUGAUACUAACAAAAAAGGAGAUAACAACAAAAUUUUUUCUAGUAAUAAUAAUAUGGAAUGUAUUCCUAAAUUAAAAGUUUGUAAAAAUAUAUAUGAAUAUGAAAUACCUAAUAUAAUUGGAUCCAAAAUACCACACUUUAGGCUCUAUACAUUAGAUAAAAAUUAUGUUUAUAAAUUAUCAUCAGUUGAUUUACCUAUAUUAAAUAACAAUUCAUUAUCUAUUCUGAUUAUUCUUUUUGACGAAUUACUUUUGUAUGAAACAAUUCAUUUUUUGUUACUUAAUAAUAUACCAAAUGACAAGUUUUCUUUGUGCCUAUGGGACUCAGAUGUUUUCCUAUAUAAAGAUAAGACAACUGGGAACAUGCAAUUGGUAAAGGAAGAAAUGUAUAAUAAUAUAGAUAAUAAAAAUAUAUCUAUGGAUCAUGUUCAAAUAAACGACUAUGUUUUAUUUAGAAAGGACAAUGGUGAGCACGAACCCAUUGGGGACAUUUCCCAUGUGAAAUAUAUAAAUGGGAUAACCAAUAAAAGUAUAAGUGAUAAUAAUAAUAAUAAUAAUAAUAAUAAGAAUAAUAAUAAUAAUAAAAAUAAUAAUAAUAAUAAAAAUAAUGAUUAUAAUAAUAGUCAUAUGGGGAAAAGAUCUAUUAAUUAUGUAUUUACUUCACGUAUUAUAAAAGAAAUGUUUUUAAACAUUGUAGGGGUUAAGUCAAAUAAUGCUUAUGUUAUUUUAAGACCCGAUAAGCAUAUUAUAUCUGUUAGUGUUAAUAAUUUAUUUGAUGAAAUAAAAAAAAUAAACAAUAUAUAUAUAUGA